UCACCCAUUUCUUUUCCUUAGGAUUGCCCAGAAGCAUGAUAAAAAGGAAAGCGUUUGACCUUUCGUUGGUAUCUUCUGUAGUUGACUUAAAAAUAGGCUGCUUGAUAGAGGCAGUAGAUCUCAAGUCCAGCAACCGAAACCCAGUGGUACAUGAAUUUGAAAGUGUGGAACUGUCUUGUAUCAUUACGGAAUCACAGACAAAUGACCCUAGGAUUGAAUGGAAGAAAAUCCAAGGUGGUCAAACCUCAUAUGUGUAUUUCAACAACAAGAUUCAAGGGGACCUGGCAGGUCGUACAGAUGUGUUUGGAAAAUCUUCACUGAGGAUCUGGAAUGUGACACGGUCGGACUCAGCCAUCUAUCGCUGUGAGGUCGUUGCUGUACAUGACCGAAAAGCCGUCGAUGAGAUUACCAUUGAGUUAAUUGUGCAAGUGAAGCCUGUGACCCCUGUCUGCAGAGUACCGAAGGCUGUGCCCGUGGGCAAGAUGGCGACACUGCAGUGCCAGGAGAGCGAGGGCUAUCCCCGGCCUCACUACAGCUGGUACCGCAACGAUGUGCCACUGCCUACAGACUCCAGAGCCAACCCCAGGUUCCACAACUCCUCGUUCCGUGUGAACUCUGAGACGGGCACUCUGGUUUUCAGUGCUGUCCACAAGGACGACUCUGGGCAGUACUACUGCAUUGCUUCCAAUGACGCAGGCUCAUCCAGGUGUGAGGGGCAGGACAUGGAAGUCUAUGAUUUGAACAUUGCUGGGAUUAUUGGGGGAGUCCUGGUUGUCCUUAUUGUUCUUGCUCUGAUCACGAUGGGCAUCUGCUGUGCAUACAGACGUGGCUGUUUCAUCAACAAUAAACAAGACGGAGAAAGUUAUAAGAGCCCAGGGAAGCAUGAUGGAGUUAACUACAUUCGGACAAAUGAAGAGGGUGACUUCAGACACAAAUCGUCCUUUGUCAUCUGAGACCCGAUGGCUGGGAGAGCAUUGCAAAUACCUCUACUGGAGACUGGUCAAGGGUGCUGUGAGCCCAGGGCACCUACAGAGCGCCAUGCAGAAGCUGUUGUUUUGGCCAAAGUCAACUCCUCCCUUGCUCUUUAACAAGCCGCAUGAAUAAAGAAAUCCUCCUGAAGAUGGCAUAGUAACUUAGAUUGUUGCUAACCUUUUCCCUUAGAGGGAUUAGGAUGAUCUUCAAAGCUUUUCUGUUAUCAGUUCUCUUGUGCAGGAAAACUUGGACUGUUUCUUGACCCCGGGUUGUUUAAUAGCCAGGACGACACUGGCUGUGAGAAGAUGAGGGGCCGGGCUGCAGCAGCAGCUGUGUGAGCUCGCCUGUGAUGGUGUCCCAGGAAGGUUUCAGGCAGUCAGUGCCUUGCUCUCUGGACCCUGACCCACCGUGUUGCCUCUGUUGAUUGGCCAGUAUUUUCAUGUCCAUCCUGGAGAAUCUAUUUGGAUCUGCAUUUUAUAAAAACCCAAAUCAGAAAGGUAAAAUUGCUUGCUGGAAAGAGAGCUCUUAUCCAGAGAACUCUUGUUCCCAAGAGCUGCCAUGAUUUAGGAGAACCUGUCUUAAGCUAAGUCUGAAAUGGUACUGAAGUCUGCUUUUCUAUUGAUCUUGCUUAUUUUAUAAAAUUUUAACAUUCUAAAUUUUUGCUAAAGAUGUAUUUUGAUUAUUGAACAUUUCUAUAUAAACUGUAAAUAUAUUGCCACACAGUAUUUCAAAACGUAUUUUUUUAAGAGUUCAAUUUAAGAUUAGAAGGCUUGGGCUACUAGUGUUCAACUGGAAACUACCAGUAAUAAAGUCUUUUAAGGAAUUCUCUUUGUUCAUAAAACGUUUUAGCAUUUUUCUUAAGAAAACCACUGUUGCUUAGGAAACCAUUAAAGACUUUCAAUCUAGUCA